AAUCUCAACCGGGCGCUGCUCAUGGAGGCCGGCGGAGGUGAGGAGAAAAGUAGCGGAGCGGACGGGAAGGCUGAGAAGGAGGAAGGGAAGAGGGGAAGACAUUCCAUCUCAAAACCACGCCCUCCAGUUGUAGUUGUACGCCAUGUGAGCCACCACAAUAUUCACCUUAGUUGGGACUUGGAAGAACAACGAAAAGGUCCUCAGGAACAAUGGUUAAAAUUUUCAGUUGAAGAAGAGGAUGCAAAGUUACAUAAAUAUGGUCUAAUUUAUACGGGAUAUGCCCAACAGCAUGUGGUGGAAGGUCUUGAACCUAGAACGACCUACAGAUUUCGACUUAAAGUGACAGAUCCUUCAGGGGAGUCUGCUUACAGUACACCUGUUUGUGUAACCACAACGAGUGAACCAAUGAGUGGAGACCAUCUCCAUCGUGCUGUUAGCAGAAAUGAUGUAGAUCAAGUCCUUACUAUUCUUAAAGGAAGGCAAGUGGUGGUAGAUACACUCAAUAAACUAGGAUUUACAGCGUUGAUGGUUGCUUCACAAAAAGGAUUUACUAGACUUGCACAGAUUUUGGUAGAAAAUGGAGCAGAUGUGAACCGGAAGAAUGCCAGUGGGAAAGAUAGUUUAAUGAUAGCUUGUUAUGCUGGUCACCUGGACAUUGCUAAGUAUCUCAGAUCCCAGGGAGCUUCUUGGUUAUCCAGAGACCUUGGGGGAUGUACAGCUAUGCACUGGGCUGCUGACGGAGGACAUGUUGAUGUUAUUGAGUGGAUGAUCAAGGAUGGUUGCCAGGUUGAUCCUAAAGAUACAGGCUUGGAGUGGACUCCGCUGAUGAGACUAUGUGCAAUAACAGGAAAAGCAGAUGUGGCCACAACUUUACUAGACGCUGGAGCUGAUGUGAAUGUAAAAGAUAAGGAUGGCAAGACACCUCUCAUGGUGGCAGCAUUAAAUAACCAUGAAGAAUUGGUAGCAUUACUUCUAGAAAGAGGAGCAGAUCCUAAUGUUAAAAAUGAGUUUGGCAAAGGUGCCCUGGAAAUGGCUAGAGGAAUGAACAGACAGAGUGUGGUUUCAAUAAUAGAAGAAAGGAAAAGACAAUUAAGUAAUCCGAACAUAGAUUCUUCUGCAUCCUCUGCUACAAUUGUGUGAAGCAGACAAUUUGAAGCCUAAUCUUAACUACGAAGGAGGUCAGGCCACAAGGACUAAAUCCUAGUUGUUUUCAUUUUUCCUAAUUAGCUGUUACACACUCCUGGAUGCCUUGAUUAAAAUGCUAACUUUGCUUCUCCAGCAUUUUUCUCUGGCGUUUAAAUUCAUCUACACUUUAGCAGCAUUAUUUUCUCAUUAUGGUCAGUUUUUACAGUGAUCCUAUUUUUUUGCUCUUCUUGUUCUUCUUGUUCUCAUGCUAGCAGCUGUUUCUGUUUCAUGCCCUUGAGUAGUAGCAGUCACUGACAUUAAGGGCAAAACUAGAACAUGUCAUAAAUUAUCAUGUAGUUUGCUGUAGAAUGCAUGGCUUCCCAAUAAAUAAAUAGGUGGCCUAGUAGGCCAAAUGGCCCUGGGUGGGGGAAUGGAGAACAGGAUUGGGAGCACAACCUAGGAGGUGGGGCUUAGCGCUUUGUCUCUGCCAUGGCCCCAGUGGGAGUUGCGUGCAUGCGCGUACUCUCUCUUGCUCUCUCUUGUGAUUCACAACGGGGAAACCUCCCGUUAUGACCAGCUUUACUCCCAACAAUAUGAUGAUCCCAUUUUGACUCCUCCCCAACAGUUAUAUAUUAAAAAACAAAAAUCCCAAGGAUGCCUGGGCAUACUACGUAUAUAAUAAAAUAAUUACGUCUAGUUUGGCUCCAACGCCAAGUGCUUUGGAUGUCCUUUUGCAGUGCAGGUGUGCAGUGUAACUAGUUUUUGUAGAGCCGAAAGUAGGUAGCAAGAUAAUUGGGAGAGGGCAAAAUGAGCCACUGCCAUGGAGCAGCAUUCUGCCACAGUGACCCUGAAUUCCUAAGGCUUGUGCUGCCACAGUAAAGGAAUGACUCCUUGCAAAGCAGAAUGGAUUUUAUGCAAUACUUGGAAAAGUGUGAGUUCACAGAUCAAAGUGAUGGAAUAAAUGCCAUUAAGGACUUUAUAUGCCAAUAUUAUAUUGAACUCGGUCUGGUAAGAAAUUGGUAUUUGUCCAAGUUUCCUGGCCACCUCAUAGUUGCACAGCAAGCUGCUCAUUAAAAUCAGAUUCUCUCAGAGUAAUUGUACAUGCAAUUACAGCAGUUUUUGUUCGGAACAUAAACACACAUGAAAGAAUUCAGAAGGUUAGUUAUGUGAGGAUAGUGAAACAAGCUGGUUGAAAUGGCUCAGUUGGUUAGAGCAUGGUGCCGAUAACACCAAGGUUGCAGAUUUGAUCCCCAUAUGGGAAAGCUGCAUAUUCCUGCAUAUUCUUGCAUUGCAUGGGGUUGGACUAGAUGGUCCUCAGGGUCCCUUCCAACUCUACAAUUCUAUUAUUCUAAAUGACAAAAAGCUGAACAGAGUAACAGAAAAUCCAUUCUAGAAGCACUGUAUUUUGUAAGUUAGAGUCUAAUCUUUCUGAGCAGCACAAGACUUAAGAUGACAUCAGAACCAUCAACAUAGCUUUUUAAAUAUUAACACAAUAAUAAUAAUUAUGAUGACUCUGUACUUGCUUGCAGUAAGUACACCAGUUGGAGGAAAUAAACUUUUUGGGGAGCUAUGUAUGUGUGUAUUGGGUUGCCCUCUUAAUAGCACAUUCAGAAGUAUCUUACGAGAUUAUUAUUUUCAAUGUUCCCUGUUCUUGCAGACAAAAUAAAUUCUCCCAUACCUGGUCAACAAAGUUUUCAAAGUUUUAUUUCCUCAAUAAAUUAUUCCAUUUUCAAAACCUUUUAAUAAUUGCAGAAAACACAAAUCAGUACAUAGCUAAGGAUGUAUUUACUGUUUAUUUAAUACAGAAUACUUAAUAGGGAAUAGAUUGUCCUGCUAUUGAAACAUGUUUGUAGCCUCUUAACAUGUUACUGCAAUAAUCAUUACAAAAAAAGUGUGUAAAAGUAAGGCAAACUGUUACACAGUGCAUUAUGUAGAAAGUUUUAGCAAACUGACAUUUAACAGAAAGCAUUAUAAAGGUAUGGUUCAUAAAAAUUAAUGGCUUAUGUCACUCUAAUAUCCAUAUAUAGUGUGCUAAAUGGUUUACAAUUAACAGUCUUAUCACGACAGAAACAUCACAUGGAAGAAAAGGCCCACUGAAUGCAUGUAAUGGAUCUUAACUUCCAUGAAAAUGUAUCAAGGGUCAGGUUAUCAACAGUUAAAAUACAGUAUCAGUUUGCUACUCUUAAUGCGAAGAGUGAUAGCACCUUUUGUUCAGUCAGUCCUGAUGGCAAUUCACAUUGCAUUUUAUAUGCCUGCUUCAUGCUAAAAGAGAUACCUAUGUAAAGUAUAACAGAAGAAUAAAAGGACUGAAAUGUCCUUCCUUCCCAGGAUGAAACAGGAAAUUGUUUACUUGCAUUAUCUUGAGUAAUAAAGACUAUUUAUUACA